UGAAUACAGGGGUUUGGUGAAGCACACUGGAGGCUGUCACUGUGGAGCCGUCCGCUUCGAGGUCUGGGCUUCAGCAGAUCUGCACGUGUUCAACUGCAACUGCAGCAUUUGCACAAAGAAACAGAACCGACACUUCAUCGUGCCAGCGUCACGUUUCAAGCUGCUCAAGGGUGCUGACAACUUGACAACUUACACCUUCAACACACACCGUGCCCAGCACACGUUCUGCAAGACCUGUGGUGUUCAGAGCUUUUAUACUCCUCGUUCCAACCCUGAUGGUUAUGGAAUCGCUCCCCACUGCCUGGAUGAUGGCACUGUGCAGACCAUUAUCACAGAGGAUAUCAAUGGCAAGGAGUGGGAGAAAGCAGUGAGGGAACAUAAGACCAUCAGAGAUAUGUCAAAACCCUGACACACCCUCCCAGCAGCCUUGGGAGCACUGCCAUGGAACUGCAGUCUGGGCUUUCCUGGGUGAUGGUUGGUGAAAUCAAUCUCUAAUUAUUGUUACCUGUUCUCUGUUUCUUAAAUAAAUCUUUCUAUGCUGAUUGUCUCA